AUUCACUGCUCUCGUUAUCACCUGCCGCCAUAUUGGAUCAAUUCCCAGCGGAAGAGGAAGACAACUGAAAAUAUUAUGUCUCCUCCUAUUCGUUGUAGGAUAGUUAAAACCACGGUUAAAAACCAGACGUCCGUAGCUGUAUGUAUCGGGAUAAACAUUUGAAGUGGUUUAUAAUAUCGGUCAGUGAGAGUACGAAGCGAAGGGUUUCGUCUUUUUGACGGUUUUAUUUAUUUUAGGACUUGUUGUAAAUAUGACUUCCCUGACACAGCGGAGUUCGGGCCUAGUGCAGAGGCGGACCGAGGCCUCUCGUAGCUCUGCCGCCGACAAGGACCGAGGAACCGGGGAUGAGGACUUCGAGACCCGCCGCCGCGGAGGAGAGGAAGAGGAUGAAGAAGAGGAUAAGGCAGACUCCAAAGAAACUCGACUCACAUUGAUGGAAGAAGUGUUACUCUUGGGAUUGAAGGACCGCGAGGGCUACACGUCGUUCUGGAACGACUGCAUCUCGUCGGGGCUGCGUGGCUGCAUGCUCAUAGAGCUGGCCAUCAGAGGACGACUACAGCUGGAGACCUGUGGCAUGAGGAGGAAAAGCCUGCUCGCCAGGAAGGUGAUCUGUAAGUCAGAUGCUCCGACGGGAGACGUGCUAUUGGACGAGGCUCUGAAACAUGUGAAGGAGACCCAGCCCCCAGAGACGGUGCAGAGCUGGAUUGAGCUGCUCAGCGGCGAGACGUGGAACCCUCUGAAGCUGCACUACCAGCUGAGGAACGUGAGGGAGCGCCUGGCUAAGAACCUGGUGGAAAAGGGCGUGCUGACCACGGAGAAACAGAACUUCCUCCUCUUCGACAUGACCACUCACCCGCUCACCAACAACAACAUCAAACAACGCCUCAUCAAGAGGGUUCAGGAGGCCGUGUUGGAGAAAUGGGUCAACGACCCGCACCGCAUGGACAAACGGAUGCUCGCCCUCAUCUUCCUGGCCCACUCGUCUGAUGUCCUGGAGAAUGCCUUUUCCCCUCUGCUGGACGACCAGUAUGACCUGGCCAUGAAGAGAGUACGGCAGCUCCUGGACCUGGAGCCAGAGGGGGAGAGCACGAAGACCAACGCCAAUGAGUUGUUGUGGGCCGUAGUGGCCGCCUUUACCAAGUGACCUGACCUACCACCUUCAGACACCAGAGGGUGCUGUUGGUUUGGCGUUGGUUGAUGACUGUGGGGUUGAGGGAGAGGACGGGACAGUUUGGGGAGGGACAACAGGGAGAGGGCUGGUCUGUCUGGCCCAUCAAGGUAGUGACUUGACUGACUUGAGGUCACCUCCCUCUGUCUUUCUGAAGAGACUGGCCUGCUCCAGACCUGUCCCACAGCUUUCUGAACAGAAUGGUCUGUUCCAAACCUGUCCCGCAGCUUUCUGAACAGAAUGGUCUGCACCAAACCUGUCCCACAGCUUUCUGAACAGAAUGGUCUGUUCCAAACCUGUCCCACAGCUUUCUGAACAGAAUGGUCUGUUCCAAACCUGUCCCACAGCUUUCUGAACAGAAUGGUCUGCUCCAAACCUGUCCCACAGCUUUCUGGUCUGUUCCAAACCUGUCCCACAGCUUUCUGAACAGAAUGGUCUGCACCAAACCUGUCCCACAGCUUUCUGAACAGAAUGGUCUGCACCAAACCUGUCCCACAGCUUUCUGAACAGAAUGGUCUGCACCAAACCUGUCCCACAGCUUUCUGAACAGAAUGGUCUGCACCAAACCUGUCCCACAGCUUUCUGAACAGAAUGGUCUGUUCCAAACCUGUCCCACAGCUUUCUGAACAGAAUGGUCUGCACCAAACCUGUCCCACAGCUUUCUGAACAGAAUGGUCUGCACCAAACCUGUCCCACAGCUUUCUGAACAGAAUGGUCUGCACCAAACCUGUCCCACAGCUUUCUGAACAGAAAAUAUCUCUCUCCCUCUGUCCUUCUCCUUUUCCCUUCAUCAAGCUCUUUCUCUCUGCAAAGAUGUCAUUUAAUCACUCACUUUUACCAUAAAUAAAAACUCCCCCUGAUGGAGUGACCAAGCAAUGUUUUGAAUACUGGACUGAAAUAUGAAGAUACAAUCAUCAUCCUCUUCCUCCCUGGACAAAUCUUUCAGAAAUGUCUUCAAAGUAUGUAUGUUAUUCUCUACAGGUAUCUAGCUAGCUCUUAUUCACUAUAACCGACAGUGAGCUCCAACAGUAUUGGGACAUUGACCCAUUUGUUGUUGUUUUUUGACUCUGUACUCCAGCACUUUGGAUUUCAAAAUGAUACAAUGACUAUGAGGUUUAAAGUGCAGACCGUCAGCUUUAAUUUGAGGGUAUUUUCAUCCAUAUCAGGUGAACCGUGUAGAAAGUACAGAGCUUCUUGUACAUUGUCCCCCCAAUGACUACUUUAAUACACAUAGAAGUGAAUUUGUCCCAAUACUUUUGGUCCCCUAAAAUGAGUGGGAGGACUAUGUACAAAAAAA